CCGCGCGCUGCGCAUGCGCACUGCUCCGUGCUGUCUGUCAGCGCGUCUGUCUGGAGGAUCUCAGGCUCUGAGUGCGGGUCCUGUAGGUGUGAUGAAGUGUGUGUUUGAGCGGGAUGUGUUCGGGCUGAACCCUGACCCCUGACCCCGACAGCAGCCGAGCUGAUCUCUAAUGAUGCAGAGCGAGGACCGUAAGAGAAAGAACCCCAGAAGCGUGUCGGACGAGUACAGUCUGCGUGAGCGACCCAAAGAAGAAGCCGCAAAGAUGAAGAAUAAAGUUUCCUCGUCACAAGCGCUGAGCGGAAAGAAGAAGCCGUGGUCCUGGGAUCAGUAUCUGGAGGACGAGCGAUCUCAAGCGGCUCCUCUGGAGAUCUUCACCGAGUUCCAGGCGUUUCCUGACGGCAGGAAUGGCUUUAAGGUGGGCAUGAAGCUGGAAGGCAUCGACCCGCUGCAUCAGUCCAUGUUCUGUGUGCUGUCUGUGGCCGAGGUGAUCGGCUUCCGAAUGCGGCUCCAUAUCGAUGGUUUCUCAGAGUGCUAUGACUUCUGGGUAAACGCCGACUCUCCUGACAUCAAACCGGCCGGAUGGUGCGAGGCGACGGGACACAAGCUCCAUCCCCCCAAAGGUUACAAGCUGAACGAGUUUACCUGGAAGCAGUAUCUGGAGGCCAGUAACUGUCCAGCAGCGUCAGAGAGUCUCUUCAGAGUCCAGAGCAGAAGCGGCUCGGGGUUCGAGGUGGGCAUGAAGCUGGAGGCGGUGGACCGGAAGAACCCGUGUCUGGUGUGUGUGGCCAGCGUGGCCGACAUCGUGGACGACCGCUUCCUAGUGCACUUCGACAACUGGGACGACACCUACGACUACUGGUGUGACGCCAGCAGCCCGUUCAUUCACCCGGUGGGCUGGUGUCAGGAUCACGGCCGGACCCUCACGGCUCCUCAGGGACACCCGAACCCCGAGCACUUUGUCUGGGAGGAGUACAUGGAGGACAGCGGUGCUUCUGCAGCUCCCAGCCAGGCCUUCAGUGUGAGAUCUCCACACGGCUUCCAGAAACACAUGAAGCUGGAGGCGGUGGACAGAAGAAACCCGAUGCUGAUCCGAGUGGCCACCAUCACCGACACCGAAGACCACCGAGUCAAAGUGCAUUUCGACGGCUGGCAUGAGAAGUUUGAUGUCUGGGUGGACUCGGACCUGCCGGACCUUCACCCGGUGGGCUGGUGCUCUCGGACCGGUCACCCUCUGGAGCCUCCGCUGCCUCACGCAGGGCUGUCAGACGUGAAGAGCUCCGUGACGCAGGGUGUGUGUCCAACCCCGGGCUGCAGGGGCAUCGGACACAUCAAAGGAGCAAAGUACACCGGACACCACAGUGCCUUCGGCUGCCCGUAUUCUGACAUGAACAUGAAGAAAGAGGCGGUUCUCCCGGACCGGCUCGGAGGAGAGAAGCAGAUCACCUUCAUCCCGGUGCACUUUGUGCAGAAAACCAAGAGUCUGUGUCCAGAAGAGGAAGAAGAGGAGGAGGAGGAAGAGGAGGAUGGGAAGGAGGACAUCAGUCGUGAAGACAACAGGGCGAUGGUGGCGUGUGACGGAGCUCCUCGUCUUCGUGGACGGCCUGCCCUUCUGAAGAAAGAGCUGAAAGACGAGCCGCUGACGCCGACGCUCCUCGGGAAGAGACCUCGGUUACCCAGCAGACUCUCUCAGUCCACGAAGUAUCUGCGUAUCAAGGAUGAAGAGGAUGACAUCGAUGUGAACAGUGUUAUUUCAGAGCGUAGCGUGGACAGUCUCCAGCAGGCUCUUCAUCAGUCCGUCUUCCUCUCAGCGAUGUCCGCUCACCCGAGCAGGGAUCUGCCGCUGUGCUGGGAGCAGCACUGCAAGCUUCUGCCCGGCGUGGCCGGCGUUCAGGCCAGUCGAGUCUCUCACUGGAGCGUCCAGGAGGUGGCUGAUUUCAUCCAUUCUUUACCGGGCUGUGAGGAACAGGCCAAGCAGUUCAGAGAGGAGCAAAUCGACGGCAAGGCCUUUCUUCUGUUGACGCAGCGAGACAUCGUUAAGAUAAUGAGCGUGAAGCUCGGCCCGGCGCUGAAGAUCUAUAACUCCAUCCUGAUGUUCAAACACGCCGAGGAUAAGAAGCAGACUCCGGCGGGAGACACGUGAAGCUCCGCUCAAGCUGCUGUAUCGAUGCAUUCCGACACCUUCGUGCCCCGAACGCCUCCGUUAGCGCUCUUCACCCACGGCCUCGUCUCCGUCAGGUUCCCGCUCUGCCUUUAAACCUCACCCUUUCCUUCUCCACCCGACACGACAAUCAAACACAGGCACCGCCGUCUUUCAGGGGUCUCUCUCCGUCACGGUGCUAUUUGUACUCAAACACAAACAGGAGAACUACAGGACUUGUGUGUGUGUGUGUGUGUGUGUGUGUGUGUGUGUGUGUGUGUGUGAGAGAGUGUCUAAAUGAACAGUCGUCAUUUACUUGCUCUCUCUGUGACCAAACCCCUGUGACUUUCACAAAAGAACGUGCUGCUGUUUACAGUCUAAUAGAAAUGAAUGAGAGACAAACAGCUCUGUAUCUCACACAGACACACACACACACAGACACACACACACACACACACAGCUUUGAAUUAGGACUGAAAAUGUUCUGUUCUGUCCAGUCAAGUUAGUGCUGGGCAGCCAUUAAUCACGUUAAAAAUCAUUUUUAUUUCUAUUAUUUUAUGUGUGUGUGUGUGUGCUGUGUAGGCUUGAUUUAUUAUGCAUGCAGAAAUACACACACAUGCAUUUAUAUAUGUGUUUAUAUAUUAAAUAUAUUGAUAUAAUAUAGAAAUGAGUGCUGUCAAAUGAUUAAUCGCAUUUAAUUGCAUCCAAAAUAAGUUUGUGUUUUCAUAUGUUAUGUGUCCAUAGAAAUAUACAAGCAUACAAUAUAUAUUUUGAAAAUAUUUGUGCAUAUUUAUAUUAUAUUUUUAUAUAAAUAUUUAAUAAAUAAUAUACACAUACAGUACACACACACAUAAAUAUACACAGUACACACUCAUUAUGUAAACAAAAACUUAUUAUGGAUGCUCAUUUGAUAGCACUGAUAGAAAUAAUAUAAAAAUUAAUAUGUAUAUGUGUACACAGCGCGCACACACACACACACACACACACACACACACGCACACACACAGACACACACACACACACACACACACACAUACACA